AUGAGUGGAUUAGAACAUGGAUUCCUUACACCAUAAUGCCCUACAAAUAAGUUCACUCUUCGAGUAUAAGAACCAUCAGAUGUCUGUAGUGAAUUCAGUUCCAAAAAUUACAUGAAAAGUUUAUUGCAGAAAUCCCUUGUCGAAUUUAUUGUGGUCUGAC